AUGUUCACCGGCAUCGUCGAAACCCUGGGCAAACUCCUCCCCCAAGAUGCAACCUCGGGCGGCGGCACCGCAAUGACCAUAUCCGACUGCUCCUCCAUCCUCGGCGACUGCGUCCUCGGCGACUCAAUAUCCGUAAACGGCACCUGCCUCACCGUCACCGAAUUCACCCCGUCAUCCUUCAAAAUCGGCGCUGCACCAGAGACCCUACGCCGCACAAACCUAGGCGCUUUGAGCCAAGGCAGCAAAGUCAAUCUCGAGAGAGCAGUAUCUGCGCAUACGAGGAUGGGAGGCCACUUUGUGCAAGGCCAUGUAGACACGAUUGCAGAAAUCGUGUCGGUGACGGCCGAUAAUGAGGCCAAGGUAUUCCGCAUGCAGCCUAGGGACCGCAGUGUGUUGCGCUAUAUUGUGGAAAAGGGAUACGUGACGCUGGAUGGUGCGAGUUUGACCAUUACGGCUGUGGAUGACGACCAAGGCUGGUUUGAGAUCAUGAUGAUCAACUACACCCAAGCAAAGGUCGUCAUGGGCAAGAAGGAGAAGGGCGACACCGUCAAUGUGGAAGUGGAUUGCGUGGGCAAGUACGUCGAGAAAAGUGUAGUGGGUUACUUUGAGGGCAAAGCCGGCGGCGAGCCUGCCAUUCUCGAGAAGAUUGUCUCAAGGAUCGUAGACGAAAAGUUGAGCAAGCGCUCAUGA